GACUUCUAUCUGAUAAUGGGGCUAAACCGCAUCAUAGAAGGAAAACUUAGGUUCCCACUUCCUGAUAUUAAGACUAGGAGGCGCAUCUUCCAGAUACACAAAUCUAGGAUGAUGUUGGCUGAUGAUGUCAACUUAGAAGAAUUUGUUAUGACCAAGGAUGAGUUUUCUGGAGCCGAUAUAAAGGCAAUAUGUACUGAAGCUGGUUUACUUGCUCUAAGAGAGCGCCGUAUGAAGGUUACGCAUUCAGACUUCAAGAAGGCUAAAGAUAAGGUCAUGUUCAAGAAGAAAGAGGGGGUGCCAGAAGGACUCUAUAUGUGAAAAUACUCUGUUCUCUAUG